ACCUAUGUCCGACUCAUUCUUUCGCGGAGCUGAAGUACUACAAUCAGGAUUCAGUACACCCCCUGAGGCCUGAACUCUUCGCGACGACUUGCUAACUCGCCGCAUCAUUUGUCCUCCCAACAACUGAUCGCGAAGGAUCAUGGAUGCUGGGAUGGCGCACGAUAGUAACUUGAAAAAGUUGAACGAAUAUCUCAUCGAAACUCUGGGGCAACUGGUCGAGGCGAAAAAGGAAGCUGCCGCCCUGCGCGAGCAAGUCACAAAUCUAGAAAAGAAACUGACCGAGCACGACCGGCUGAAUGCAUCGAGGAAAUUUGAGAAUGAUGAACUUCGUGGCAGAAACGCGAAAUUCGAGCUUGAGAUGAAAAACACAAAUGCAGCAUUACAGCUUGCAACGAAAGAUCGCGAUGUGUUAAACAGAUCAUUAGAUGCGUCCAAGAUGGAUGUUACUACGCAGCAGAAGAGGGCUAAUACACUGGAGCAACAGCUUCGGAAAUUAGAUGAAGAAAAAAAAGCUUUGGCGCGUGAGCUUCAAGCAGCUGCACAGAUUGUACGCGUGGAUAUUGGCGUAAACACAAAUCCUCUCCCAACUCCCCGUAGCACGCCCAAUGACACCAAAUUACCAGUCGUACGGGGGCCUUCGACAGCUGGGCCAUCUCGCAACCGAAACGUCAAAGAAGAACAGGAUAUGAUGGCGGAUAUUAUCGCAGUAAACCCUCCCUCUCAGUUACCGCUUCUUCGAAAACAAACUAUCGAAAACGUGCCACAACUAAUUCCUGACCUUCCGGAUGGUGGAACUGUAUGUUUCACAAGACCCUUCAUAACAUCCCACAUCGGGGGAGGGUCGCAAGCUCUCAUUUCAAACAUCGCAACGCCAAAGUCGCUAGCACUAAAAUUUGGUAUUACAAGCUAUCUUUGCCCGAACUUGUGGGAAAAUCCUUGGUGUCCAACAAGCCCUGGCAUGGCUGGGUAUAUGUUUGUUGGCUUAGGGGAGGAGAUUCAUUACUUCGUUCAGCCGGAGGUGCAUGAACUCUUCGUUGGAGUUGCGAAAACCAACUACAGACUUAUGGGCCGGUAUCAGGCCCAUCGUGUUGAACCCUUGACUGUUGAAGAAUGGUUGACGCUCCCGCAAAAAGUUCGAUCCAAGUACUGUGAAACUACACAACGAAAAGCAAAAGACUCACGUUCCAUCGAGGGCAUAAGCGCUGCUUAUGAGCGUGGUGAACUUCGUGCUCCUUGCGUCAAAUUGACAUGUCUUGACUUUAAGGAAGACCUCUACAAUAAACUGAAGGCGCGAAAAAUGAGACAGAACAACAUGACCCCCUCGUCAUCUCAAUGUUCCAUUCAACAGGAAUAUCCCGUCACGCGCUCAUCACAAAAACGCCGCUGCAUCGAGACCGUCAAGGUUGACGAGUCUUCCAUGGACUCUGACAGCGACUCUUCUGAAUACAAAAUGAUCAGGCCUGAGAAACGAUUGAGAGGGUAGAUACUUACAUAAUUCGCAUCAUGAUGGAUUCAAUCGACG